UGUACACAUGUGUAUGUUUGUUGUUUAUUCCUGACACUUGCUGAUGCAACCGAGAGACUGCUGCAAUGCCUUGAAUUCCUUUCAUCACUUCAUUUUAAAAGAUGACCUGUAUUUAGAUUUAGUGUACCUUUAUAACCAUGUCUUAAAGUCCUGGUGCUAAUCUACAGGAGCAGUUGCCUGUUUUAGUUUUUCUGUUUAUAUACUGUGAAUAUUUUAGGCUGUCAAAAUGGACAUACAAGAAGUGUUGAACUGUGUGUUUUCGGCUUGGUAUCCCAAGUUUAAACACAUAACAAUUAAGAGCAACAUUCUGCCUCUACCAAAGGAGUUUCUGGACUAUCUUCAGGCUGAUGGCAUCGUUCUUCCAGAACAAUGUGUGGCAGCAAGUGGAAAACAUGAUGAGGAUGAUAUUGAGGGAGAAGAGCUUGAUGUUGACUGGGAUUCUGCUGACAGCUCUGAAACGAAGAUGCCCAGUUUUCCUGAAUUUGAGAGUUUGAUAAAAAAAAUCAUCAAGAACCUGGGAGGUUCUGUGUUUCCAAAGCUUAACUGGAGUGCCCCAAGGGAUGCCACUUGGAUUUCCUUUGACAAGACGUUACGCUGUACAUGUCCAAGUGAUGUCUACCUCCUAUUGAAGAGUUCCGAAUUCAUCACACAUGAUUUAACUCAACCGUUUUCACAUUGUAAGGAUUGUGAGAACAAGAACAAUGUCACAGUCACUUAUGAGCUUGUGCUGAGGAAGUGGCAGAGCCUUGCUUCAGGAAUGGAGUUCCGAUGUUUUGUCCGAAACGGAAAGUUAGUAGCAAUCUGUCAGCGAAACCACACAGAACAUUAUGAGUUUAUAUCCAAGAUGAAGGACGAGAUAGUAUCGGACAUCAAAGCUUUCUUCUAUCACAUGGUGGCUGGCAAGUUCCCUAGUAAAAACUAUGUAUUUGAUGCCUACAGAAGGGACAAGGGAAAGCUACUCUUGAUAGACUUCAACCCUUUCGGUGCUGUGACUGAUAGCUUGUUGUUUUCAUGGGACGAGCUCGAGGGAUGCAUUGGUGAGAAACAACAGCAAGGACAGCAGGAAAACAACGAGUUACAAGGAUCGACAGAUGCGACAUCUUCCAUGGACACACCAGACGAUAAGGAACCCAUUUUUCGGUUUGUGGAACAUCCUGAGGGAGUGCAGCCUCAUCCUUACUCCUGUUUCGGUAUUCCUGAGGACAUCAAGGACCUUACCAGUGGAGAGGAUCCCUACAAGUUGAUGGACCUGCUUAACCUGAAAAUUCAGCAGCAAGGACAAGAUGCCUCAUCUGAUGAGGAGGGAGAUUGAUGGUCACUGCUGUACAUGUAGUGAAGGGAAGAAUACUGAUGUAGUGUGAUGCACAGAGUACAAGAACAGAUCAGAGGCAUGUCGGAGACUGUUCGAAUAGUAGCUGGUGGUUAUCCUCAUUCAUUGUAUGACUUCUGUGUCUUUACAAUGCUCCAGUCCCCCUUUCAGCUUGGUCACAGAACGUUGUAACUAAUGUGAGUUGGCAAAAUAAUGUCCAAUUUCAGUUUUACUGUAUCUUAAAAUCAUGGAGGUUGGUUUAUAAUACGAGCAUUAUUUCACACAAGGUCAAGUUGUCGGCUUUUGUUAUAAUUUCCUGAUAAAGGCAUGACGAAGGCAUUAUAAAUACAGUGGCAUUAUAAAUACAGCGGCAUUAUGCAUUCAGUUACACUUUAACUUGGUUUGUAGUUAUGUUGUGUGUUACAUUCUGUUAAGAGUUAUUGUCCUUUAAUUCUGAACAGGGUUGUAGGCAAAUCGAAUAACGUAUAUUAGCACAUUAUUAUUAUUUGUCUGCAUUCUAGUAAAAAAUAAAAGUACUGGUACUAUAUGCAGAAUUAUAGAUACUUAAAUCUUCACUAAUUUGAGAAUUUAUUGAUACUUUAAUUUUAUAUACAUUAUCAAUUUGAGGUAGAUUUUCAGUCAAUGAAAUGUCAAACAACCAAUAUCUGCCAGGUUCUUCAACAUUAUAAUGACCUUACAACUCUACUAUAACAACUGUUAUGCCAGUGUCAGAAACUCAUAGCUAACUUCAGUUUAUAUAGGGUAAUGUGGAGCAAAUGUAAAUGUUACAUUGUUAAAAUUAAUUAUACAUGUAUUUGAUAUUGGUAAAAACGUAAGAAGGCCUGCAAGUAUCAUGUAUUGCAAAUUAUUGUUUUUAUAUUAUGAAUAAAAUGUUU